AUGGCGAGCACUGUUGCGAUGCGGAGCGUGAUGAAGGGGGCGGUUGCGACCCAGGGGCGCCAGGCCUCGGCGACGCCCGCGUUCUCGGGCCUGGCGCGCCCCGCGCGCGUCGUGGCCGGGUCUCGCGUCAAGUCUGCUUCUUUCGCGGCCGCGGUGUCGCGCGCCAUCACCCGCCCGCGCGCGCAGUCCGUCGCGGUCCGCGCCGCGGCCACCAUGGCCGGCGGCUUCUCGGGCCCCCAGAAGAUCCUCCUCAUGGGCGGCACGCGCUUCAUCGGCGUCUACCUCGCCCGCAUGCUCGUCGAGGCCGGGCACGAGGUGUACCUCUUCACGCGCGGGAAGACCCCGAUCGCGGAGCGCAUCCCCGACGACACGGACGAGUCGUUCGAGAAGUUCAAGGCCUCGGUGAAGCACAUCGCGGGCGACCGGAACGACUACGAGGACCUCAAGGCCAAGAUCUCCCAGGAGAACUUCGACGUGGUGUUCGACUGCAACGCGCGCGAGGCCGUGCAGGUCGAGCCCGUGCUCGAGGCCACCAAGGCCACGCUCAAGCAGUACAUCUUCUGCUCGUCCGCGGGCGUCUACCUGAAGUCGUACGAGAUGCCGCACCGCGAGGAGGACGCGACGGACCCCGCGUGCCGCCACAAGGGCAAGCUCGACUCGGAGGCGGUGCUCGCCAAGUCGGGCAUCCCGUGGACGUCGCUCCGCCCCGUGUACAUCUACGGCCCGCUCAACUACAACCCCGUGGAGGAGUACUUCUUCCACCGCAUCGCCGCGGGCCGCCCCGUGUGCGUCCCGGGCUCGGGCAUGCAGAUCACGCAGCUGGGCCACAUCAAGGACCUCGCCGUGGCGUUCGUCAAGUGCAUGGGCAACGAGAAGGCGUUCAACCAGAUCUACAACAUCUCCGGCGUCAAGAACGUGACCUUCUCGGGCCUCGCGAAGGCCUGCGCGCAGGCCGCGGGCAAGCCCGAGCCGGAGAUUGUGCUGUACAACCCCAAGGACUUCGACUUCGGCAAGCUCAAGGCCUUCCCCUUCCGCGACCAGCACUUCUUCGCCUCCGUGGACAAGGCCAUGGCGGACCUCGACUGGGAGCCCGAGUUCGGCCUCGUCGACGGCCUCAAGGACUCGUGGGACAAGGACUACUCCCAGGGGCGCUACAUCAAGCCCGCGGACUUCACCUGCGACGACAUGGUCCUCGAGAAGAUCAAGGGCUCCGUGCCGGCGUAA